AUGGGCUGGACUGAUAGGGAGCAGUUGAUUGUGGUGUUGGAGGAUGGUACAGUUAGAUUAUAUGAUAUUCAUGGAGAAUAUACACAAUGUUCACUUGGAAAAGUGGGAAGCAAAAGAUCAUUCUGUUAUUGA